CGCAGUAAGCUACACGUUUCCAUCAUCUUCUGACCUGCUUAUUUUGCCUCUUUUCUGCCCUGUCCCUAGUUGCAGGGCUACAUUCGUCCUCCAUUCCUCUACCCACGCUUUCAUCUCCUUGCAUAUUCGUCCCGAUGCAAGGCUGGUUGCACGACACGCGACACGUCUGUUGCCUCGUACAGGGAUCGCCUCUUGUGUCCUUUGAUCCUGCAACACAGCAUGUCGGCUGAAAGAAUUAAAUGUUUUCACAUCUGUAUGCUGUUUUUGACUAACUGAACUCCUCCAGCGAAGGAUGGGUUCCUACUACGACGUAGACGCAAUCCUUACCGACGCUCAAAAGGUACCAUGUACUUUCGAGCUUACCGUUCCUGGCCUCGGCUAUCUCGAGGGUAACAUGAGCGGCGACAUGAAGCAGGGUUCAAAAGUCGAGCUUCCACUAUGGCUGGGCGAGAUGCUUGCAUUGAGUCAAAGUCUGAAUACAUCUUCUCUUGUAACCAUCGACCCUCCAUCCGCCCUAUCUCCGCGCGUUCUGAAUGCCCUCAAAGCUGACCCAAGAACCGUCGAUUUACGAGCUCUCGCCCCACACUUCUACAAUCUUGGCGCACGAAUCCUGGAACUGUUUGAGGAGGAAGAGAUGAUCGAAGUGCUAAGCGAUACAUUCAAGGCCAGGGCGGCUCUCAUAGCCGAUCAAGCCCAUAAUCCACGAGGUGCAUUAGGCGAAGGCGCCGACUUCAUGCGAGGCCUGGAUGAGAACGAGCGGCAAUUGUUUCGUGCAGCACACGAUAGCGCAAAGGGCGUACGGACGUGGAUGGCAGAUCUGAAGAAGAAAUGAAGAUAGUCGCAGGAUUGCACAAAUAAGAGCUGCCAGAUGGCUGGGCAGGAGAGGUGGAAGCAUCGACUCGCAGGACCUUUGGAAAAUCAGAAUCGAUGACUGCACGACGUAAUGAUGGUUGACAAAAGCGCAUGAGA